CACUCAUGCUAUGGACCCCAUGUUUAUUGAUCUUUUUCAUGUCUUGUUUGGAAAUAAUGGAUAUUCCGGGCGAUAUUAUGGUUUAGCAGCCUGAAAAUGGUGCAGCGUUUGACUUUGAGGCGACGUCUGUCGUACAACACCCGCUCCAACAAGAGGCGCAUUGUGCGCACUCCCGGAGGCCGCCUGGUGUACCAGUACGUGAAGAAGAACCCCACGGUUCCGCGCUGCGGCCAGUGCAAGGAGAAGCUGCACGGAAUCACGCCCUCCAGGCCCAGCGAGCGUCCCAGGAUGUCCAAGCGCCUGAAGACCGUCUCCAGGACCUACGGCGGAGUGCUGUGCCACAGCUGCCUGCGCGAGCGCAUCGUCCGCGCCUUCCUCAUCGAGGAGCAGAAGAUCGUCAAGGCGCUGAAGAGCCAGCGCGAGGCUCUGGUCAAGCCCGUCAAGAAGGUGGUGGAGAAGAAGCCGGCGAAGGCCAAGGCCGCCGCCAAGAAGCCGGUGGGCAAGUCGGCCGGCAAGCCCGGAGCCAAGGCGGUCGGCAAGAAGCCCGCCCCCAAGGGCGUCGUCAAGUCCAAGAAGUAAAUCGCCCACCUAGCCAACCCAAGGGAUCUGAUUUUGGACUGCUUUUUGUAAUAAAGAAACCACAAACUGGA